UGUUAUUUUUUGGUUUGUGUAUGUGUAAUAAUUUAUCCAUUCGUCUAUCCAACCAACUGCAACCAACGGCCAUUUUUAGGAAAGCGUCCGGUCCAGCAAAGCGGCGAUUUUUCUUCUUCUAAAAAUGGGUCCGAAAAAAGGAACACUACAAGGAUCUUCAAAAGAGAAGAGACCGAGGUCUUAUCCGGUAUCAGGUGACAAACCGGCAGCCAGCAAGCCAACUUUCCUGGAGAGCGACCAGGACCCGGACCCCGGCAGCGAAAAUGAUCCGGAUGAGUUGCGUUCUGCUACAAAACUACGACGGAAUGACGAUGCAGAUGAAAAUAACCUGCAAGUUAUUUUACAAAGGCGAUUGCUCGCAAAGGGCGUGGAAAUGAGCCCAGCCGGAAUAGCUUAUGUUUCGGCUUGCGGUUUAUCUAGCAAUUCUUCAGGAGCUUUUUCAAGAGAUCCGCUGCUAGAGCUUUCGCAAAAAAGCACAUCUUCCGAACCGAUCAAAGUGUCAAAAGCAGCAACGCCACCGAUGGUAUGUGUGAAUUCAGAUGCACUUUUAGACGCACAGAUCUCAUCUGAAAUAAUGUUCGAAGACACCGAGUGGUUGAAAGAGGAAAGCUUAUUACCAUCAAUUGAACCUGUCCGAACAAUUUCGGACAAAGCUGAUGAACUCGUGGUUAGCCAGAUUACUCCAGCAAGGAUAAUAAUGGUUGAUCAUUUGAGUUCAGGCACAGUAAUGCAGGACGAUGCAAACACCACUGAUCUUGAUUGGAAAAACGAAUACUUACAACUUGAAGCGAAACAUUCGAAACUAAAAAAACGGAUAGCGAAAUUAAAGAGAAAAGUCGUUCGAAUACAAAAGGAAAAAAUGGAAACAGACGAAUACGCACUGACCAUCUCCAAGGAACUCCGGAAUCUUAAAGAACGCCGAAAUAUUUCCCAGGUAAUGUUUUUAUUGAAAAAAUACUUUUGAUAUCAUCUGAAAAUAGAAAUUGCGAAAAAAGAAAUAUUAAAUUAUAGUUAAAUGUUUAGUAUAUUAUCAUCUCAGCAGAAUUGUCGUUUGGCAUGAUGAUCGUUUGGUAUAAAUUAGUUUGGCAUAAUGUUCGCUUAGCAUAAUGGUCAUUUGGCAUGAUUGUCGUCUGGCACAAAAUAUUGCAUUUCAUUCAACUGAAGUAAUGCACAUAAUCAAUGGGGAGUAUGACAUUUGGCAUAAAGGCCAUUUGGCAUAAAAGCCAUUUGGCAUAAUUUCAGCUUACCGAG